AUGAAACCACUGUUUUCAAAUUCCUCUGAAAAAGCAAGUUUGCAGAGAAAUCUGAAAGCCCUGGAAUCAAUGUUGGAAGAUGCAAUACUAGGUGGUCUGGAAAAACAUUCACAUGAAGACAUUCAACAGAAAUUUACAUCCAUAGGAAACCUCGUAUCUGCUGAUUCAACACAAAAGUUGGAAUCAUUGAGGAACUCUUUUAAUGAAAGGGACAGCACCACUUUUACAAUACAUUCUAAUCCAUUAUUUGAAAAAGAUUCAAUUUCCAGUUCUUGUAUGAAUGAUAACGAAGGAGGACAAGAAGUUGAUGAUCUUCCGGAGGAAAAGGAUUCUUGUUCAAAUUGUUGUGUAUUGGCUAUAGGGGUUGGAAUUGGCAUGAUUUUGAUGGGGUUUAUUAUGGUCAAUAUUUCUGGUUGCUUUCAAUAUGUGGAACAAACCAAUUUUGCAAUUCCAACAUAG